ACAAAGCAGAGGUUCUGUACAACUUAACCGCAGGGAUGACCCAUGCCGAGGCAGUGAUCAGUGUCUUUAUUUGCUGUCUUAGAAUUCUACAUAUUUAUGCAGCUAAAGGUAUGAGGGCGUACACGCUGGCAGCCGCAGAGCGGAUGAGAGAACUGCGAAGACUCGAUGCCAAGGAGCACAGAGGAAAGACUCCUCUGUUGGUGGCUGUAACUGCCAAGCAGCCAGCCAUAGUCAAUGAUUUGCUACUGACAGGGGCAGAUGUCAGUGCUGUUGAUGACAAAGGGCAAUCAGCUUUACAUCUCGCCGCGACAUAUGGUUACGCCCAGGUCCUCCAGGUUAUAAUGUCAUCAGGCCUUCCUCUGGACCUAGAAAUGAAGGAUUUUGAAGGCCACACUCCACUCCACUGUGCCGUUCUGUGCCACAACUCCCUGCUCCGCGAGCAGCGCUGCCACUUCAUGAUAACAGAGGACCGGAAAAAAGAACUCCAGCACCAGAUGGGGGAGGUGCAGUUGUGCAUCCAUCUUCUGGUGCACAUGGGAGCAUCCAUCUACAGUCGGGAUGUUAAAAGCAACAAGACAGUCCUUCAUUACACAGUACAGGAUGGGAAUGUCUCCCUGCUCAAGUAUUUCUUAGAACUCAAUGCUUUCAAGUCCAAGGAUUUUGUCAACAGUAAGGCUCACGGGAACACAGCUUUGCACAUGGCGGCUGCCCUCCAUCGUGACAAAAACCAGGAAGAAAUUGUCAAGCUGCUCCUAGACCAUGGGGCAGACCCAAGCAUCAGAAACUUGGACAACGACCAGGCAAUUCACAUGGUGCCGGCAGGAAAGGCUGGGGAUCGGGUCAGGCAUUUGCUGAAGAAAGGCCGGGUCACAUCAACGCUCGCAUCCUGCCGUCGAAAUGCCCGAUGCUAGAUGGCCUGCAACUUUGGAGGGAGUAUUUUGUGUCGUCUUUGUGAUCAUGCUGCCCCUCUUGCAGAGUCCGUGCUAGUAAUUAACCACUGAAACAGCUCGUCUUGUGGCCUGAUGGUUUUCUUAGUCCACAGAGCCUUUAAAUCGAGACUUGAAUGGCUUUGUAGAAGAGGCGCUGUAGUCUGUCCAUAAGUUGUGGAGCUCUGCACAGGCACUUCAGGGUGAAACUCAGUGCCUUGUUUUGUGGGAGCUCAGCCCCCUCUGCCUUUAAAAUCCACGAAGAAGGAAAAGCUACGACUUCAGCUCUGAGAGCAAGUGUGCCACAGGCAAGUAGGUCAAGCUCAUCUCUGUAUUUCAGAACCUCUGAACCAAAGGCGUCUAAAGGGAAGGUUCGCCAAGUUGUCUUGCCACGCUGUGCCUGGGAGUGUGGUGCCAGUGCGGUGUUGUCAAUGCUCAGCACACACGCACGAAUCUGGCUUCUUGCUCUAAGAAGGGAAAGCAGGAGCUCACGGAGCCAGGUCCCAACUAGUAUAAUUUGAAUAGCUCCACUGCUGUCAAUACUGCUGCUCUGAUUUACCUCUGCUGAAGAUCUGGCUCAGGAGCUCUAUUUAGGGAAUUCACCACACAUCCUGUAUAUAAAACAACCAGGCCUAGCUGAUCAUAUGGCCUUAUCUUAGGCAAAUCUGCAAUGACUGGUGGGAUGCUGCCGCUCUAAUCAGGCAGUUAAGAGGGACGAGGAAAUCAGAUUCUCCUACAAAAGUCAGGUCAUGACGUUAAAGGGACCAGAAGAGAACACAGUGACUGGCUGAUUCAUUGCAAGUGCAAAAGUGAACGUAGACUGCCAGUCGCAUGCUCUAGCUGCUCCAAAAAGGAAAUCAAAGCCUAAGGAAAUCCAGAGUUUAAGGCUCACUGGAUUUUACUCUCAGGUUCAAAUGUAUUUAAAUUUAUAUUUUAUAAAACUGUUUAAGUAAACAAAACCUAUCCAAUAUGGCGAGCAAUAUUCAGGAUACUCAUCUGAGGUUUCAGCUCAGUACAUCCUAGCAGGAACGAUCGUUCCAGAAGCAUUAAAAUAAAAGAAUUUAGAUGCCUCCUUGGCUGCAACCAGGGACUGUGUAGCAUGCGUGAUGAGGGGUGCCAAGAGCCCCCACAAGAGAGAUACAGGACAUGGAAGUCAACAGAAAUAAAGAAACUGCAAACUGCACAUGAAGGAUCUCCUGGAGGACUGGGGGCAAAGGCAGGACUGUAUAGCACGCUCUUCUGCUGACAUUGGUAGUGGAAUGUGCAUUAUAAUGGGUUCUCCCUAUUCUUUCUGUGAAAUGAUUUGUGAAUUGCUGUGCAAUUGUAGAGUGAGAAUGAUGUUGCUGCUGAGCCAGUAGCAAUGUAGGAGAACAAAAGUGACAUUUGGUAAAUCAGCCCUGGUAAAGCAUUACUUUUUUUUUUUUUAAUGAUAUUUAAUAUGUUGACUAUGCAUCUUUAGUGGCUCUUUGUCACAUUCUCAGGAUAACUCAGAGGAAUUUUAGCAGAAUUAAACAAAAAAAUGAAGGGUAAACUCACUUAACAGAGACGCGAGUGACUUGAUUAAUCAUCCAGCGUCUGAUUUUUCACGAGUACAUCCAAGUUGCAUAAGAGUCUUGAAAAUUUUGCUGAGAAUUUUAAACGAGGUGGUUAGCAGGUUUAGAUGAAAGCCAUUUAGAAAUGUAGAUAUGUUGAUUAGAGAUUGCUGCAACUCCCAGCCCUUUCUCUAGCCUUCCCCUUCCACUAUCUGAAUACCUCCUCUAAGUACAUCGGGUCUACAUACCUGUCAACAUCCUCUGACAAAAAUAUUGAUUGUAUAUUUGCAUGUGUUUGCAUAUAUUUGCAUAAAUUCAGGCACAAGGCAGCCAAAGUGCAUGCCUUCUUAUUUUGAAGAUAUGCUGUAGCAAACUCGGAUGUGGGGAGUACUUGCAUUCGUGCAGCACUGCCAUAUGUAUGGAUGUAAAUAAAUAAGUCUCCACGUAUUUCAACUGCUGCCAUCAAACCCCCCGAGUCUGUGCAUGUCGCUCACUUGUCAGACCAGCUUAAAGAUCCUACUCAAGUGGAGUUUGAUGUGAAAAGCUCUUUGCCUCUUAAGCUUAUUUGUAAAAAUGUAUUCUGUGUCUCCCUGGAACAGGUGGAAUAAAGCAUUCAACUCUUCUUCACCUGA